AUGGCUACCGCACAAGGUGUCAACGUCCUUCGCUACUCGGCUCUCGUAGCCGGUCUCUUCUACGGUGCCUACCACCAAUCCUCGAUCACUGCCAACGCGAAGCGUGCCGAAGCCGACCGUGAAUACGCCCGCCAGGAGCGCCUGAUCCAGCAGGCCAAGGCCGAAUGGAAGAGGAAGACGGCACCCAAGGACACACAAAACAGCGGAAUCAUCACGGAUCCCGAGGACAGCCGGUUCGACCUUGAGGCGUACCUGAAGAUGAAGGCCGGGGAGAACUAG